AUGAUCUUAAAAGACGAUGACGUCGUUAAAAUCGAUUUAGGUUGCCAUAUUGAUGGAUAUGUCGCUGUCGUCGCUCAUACACUUAUUGUUGGUGCAACACGUGAAAAGAAAGUUACCGGACGACGUGCUGAUUGUAUUCUUGCUGCUUAUUAUGCUGCUGAAGCUGCACUUCGUUUAGUUAAACCAACAGAAAACAAUACUGCUGUGACUGAAGUCAUUGACCGUAUUGCCAAUGCUUAUCAUUGCAAACCCGUUGAAGGUAUGAUUUCCUAUCAAAUGACACGUGGUGUAAUCGACGGUGAAAAGAAAAUCUAUCAAAAUCCAAGUGAAAUGCAACGUCGUGAAAUUGAAAAACAAGAAUUUGCAUUACAUGAAGUCUAUGCUGUUGAUGUUUUGGUUUCAUCCGGUGAAGGAAAACCACGAGAAACAGAUAUUCGUACAACAGUUUACAAGAAGAAAGAUUUUAUUUAUCAAUUACGUAUGAAAUCAUCUCGUGCAUUUUUAUCGGAAGUCGAGAAACGUUUUUCAUUGAUGCCAUUUACAUUAAGACAUUUCGAAGAUGAAAAACGCGCACGUAUGGGUGUUAUUGAAUGUGCAAAACAUGAUCUUGUUGAACCAUAUCCAGUUUAUCAGGAAAAAGAAGGAGAAUUUGUCGCCGAAUUUAAAUUCACACUUCUAUUAAUGCCUAGUGGACAAAUGAAAAUCACCGGUUUACCAAUUGAUUUAGAUUUAUAUGAAUCGGAGUAUAAAAUAGCCGAUAGUGAUAUCAAACAAUUGCUUACAAGUUCAACACAAAAGAAGAAAAACAAAAAGAAGAAGAAGAAAGGCACAGGCGCAUCAGGUGCAGCAGCUCUUGACAAUGUGGAAGCAGUCGAAGAUGAUGGUGAUGAAGAUUUUGAAGAUGAACCCGAUCCAGUCGCACAAAAGAAAUCAACGAAAUCAAAGAAAAGCAAAUAA